AUGUCGUACACCCCCACCGCUAGGGAACAAGCACCGGUCGGUGAUCCCUUCAGCAGAAGUACCAGCGAUGAACCGCUGGACACUGUGCAUGUGGAGGCCCUUUCUCUCGACAGUCAGGCGAAGCCGCUCAGUGAGCCCCGUCGUUUCGCCUCCCUCACCGUGGGCGUCUUUAGCUGCAUCUGCUGCUCCAUAAUCUUUUCAUUCAACCUUUUUAGUCGUGACCUGCAGCGCAAGUACAACUUCUCGCAGAAUGAUGUCUCGUCCAUAAAUACUGUGGGGCUUGUUUUUUGUUACGUCGCCCUUCCCUACGGUGCGCUGUACGACUGGCUCGGGCCGCGUCCCGUCUACUUUCUCGCCUUCACACUGCUGCCUGUUGGUGCACUGUGCUUCUCACUUGUGUUCGCUGAUGUUAUUCCCGGUAACGUGGUCGUUUUGUGCGUAUUCAACGCUCUGAUGGGAGCCGGGGCUAUGAUGUUCGAUCUCGGCGCGGCCAUAACAGUUCUGAGUCUGUUUCCAUCUAAUCGUGGUGCCGUCGUGGCGGUGAUGAAAACAUUCACAGGCCUAGGCUCAGCGAUUAUCGGUUCAAUCCAGCUGGGUUUUUUUGAGGGACGACCGGACAGGUACUUCCUAUUCCUCAUGUCCCUUACUCUGGUGGUGGGCGUUGCCUGCUUCUUUGUCGUGAAGCUGCCACCGUACCACUUAACAGGCUACGAGAAAAGCCACCUUACUGAGAAGGAGAAGAAGCGGCGUCUGAACACGCGCAGUCUGUAUUUGACGCAGAUCCCACCUAGGGCACGAUUCAUGUUCGGCAUUGGGCUGGCUAUCGUGCUGAUGCUCUACCUUCCGAUGCAGAGCGCCCUCGUGGCAUACCUCGCCCUUGGGCGCGCCUACAAGGCCGCCUUCGCGGCUCUGGCGAUUGUGCUGGUGAUGCUGUAUCCUCUCAUGAUCUUCCCACUGCGCACGAAGCAGCGGCGACUGACGGAGUCACUUGAUAACCUCGUCGAGGGUUCACCCACCGAGAUCGAUGAUGCUAUGGUGACGACGGAAAUCCCCCGCAAGGAGAGACCUGUCACCGAUCGUAGUGGACAGGCGGUGCGGACGGAUGUAGACUACAUCGCACCACAGUACCAAACAACUUUCCUCCAGAGUCUAUGCACGGUGCGUCUCUGGGCCAUUUUCUGGGCAAUCUUUACCAUUUUCGGUUCAGAGCUGGUCUUCAUAUCAAACUCUGGUUUCAUUCUUGGUGCGCUCUCGGGGGAGCCAGUCAGCCCUUCCCUCAACACACUGCUGACGGUUUUGAACGGUGUGGGAAGUGGCGUGGGGCGGUUAUUGAUGAGCGCCCUUGAGGUCUGGACACAAGGCAAGAAGCCGGAGGAUCGCAUCCCUAUCACCGUCUCACUAUUCUUUCCCACCACCUCCAUCAUUGUGGCUGUGGUGCUCUUUCUGACCCUCCCCGCUGCUGCGUUACCACUGCCGUACGUCAUUGCUGCCAUGGGAAACGGCUUUGGUGCUGCCAUCAUUGUUUUGGUAUCACGCACCAUUUUCGCAAAGGAUUCCGCGAAGCACUAUGAUUUCUGCUACGUGGCUGUGAUGCUGUCCGCUAUCAUUCUCAAUCGCUUUGCAUACGGCGAGUGGUACACGCGUGAGGCAGAGAAGCAAGGUAGUACGCUUUGUUACGGAAAGAAUUGUGUGAUGAUGCCGAUGCUUCUCUUUCUCGGUCUUAAUGUCACAGCGUUCCUCUCGAACAUCUACGUGCACCUCGACUACAGGCGUUUCUGUGCCAAGACACUCAGGGAGCGGCGCCGCAUGCAGGCUGAGGCACAACUUGAACUGGAGGAGAAGUCGGACAGGGUGAGAGAAGCUAUAACAUGA